ACACUAAAUGGCAGCUUUUUAGAGGUGACGGACUUUGAUAUAUUGUUGGGUGGUUGGGUGUUGUUCUUUAUCAUUUGAGGUAAUAGUAUGUGAAGACUAGUCGACAGUUAACCUAUUUUAUAUGUAUUUCUUAUUUUAUUGCGAAAUAGCUAUUUACAUGAAAUGUAGUCUUUGGGUUAUCGUCUCAGAAAUAACUAGAGACAAGUGCAAUACUUUUGACAGUUUGAAGUUUCUCAGCCUAAAUUUGGCUUGUUCUUCUCCAAAUUACCUUACAGUAUGGUUCCUUUUGACCAUAGUCUCCCUUUAAUAUGUACUCUGGUGCACGUUUUGCUCAUCAUCUAGGAUUUCCCGUGAGUAAAUUUUCCGAACAUUUAUGUGAUGUUCUUGCUGUUAUGGAGUCCUGAUUGUCUUCGGAAUUAAGUAUUAACCUUGAGUGUACACAUACUGCACUUGACUGGUCUAAGAACAGUGUGCUGUCAGGAAAUCGUGAUCAGAGAUUUUUAAUUCGGAAAGGAUGUGGACGUUUAUUUUCCAGCCUGACAUGAGCAUUGAGUCUACUUUGUAACGCAAGGCAUUGUGAAGUGAUAAAAUAUGGGGUCUUCCGAAGCUAGCACACGUCGUCGAGUUAAGUUGUAUAUGUUAAAUGAUGAGCGACAAUGGGAUGAUAAAGGCACCGGUCAUGUAUCUGCAUUGUACACAGAACAGGACAAUAUGGCACUUGUAGUGAUAUCAGAAACAGAUGGAUCUUAUUUGCUGGAAUCCAAAAUACAACCAGAUACGGCGUAUCAAAAACAGCAAGAAACAUUAAUAGUUUGGUCGGAAGGUGAAAACAUGGAUUUAGCAUUAUCUUUCCAGGAAAAAGUUGGAUGCGAUGACGUAUGGGAAAAAAUUUGCGCUGUACAAGGAAAAGAUCCAUCAGUAGAGAUUACUCAGGAAGUUAUCGAUGAGUCGGAUGAUGUAGAUGAUACGGAUGGAUAUACGCCCACUAUGAUGCAGAGUAUUCAGCCUCUUAGUCUUCCACCAUGUGAACUGAGUCGUCUCGAGGAAAUCGUUGAUAUGGUUAGCCAAGCUGUUGCAUCACCUCCAAAACGGGAGCGAUUAGUCGCCCUUUUGGAAUCAACAAACUAUCUACGUCAAUUAGUCGAUGUUUUUCACAAAGCAGAAGAUUUAGAAGAUAUGGAAUCAUUGCAUCAUCUAUACGAGAUAAUGCGACAGCUUAUACUAGUAAAUAAACAUAGUCUGUACGAGAAUUUAUUCGCUGAUGAUAUGUUGAUGGAUGUGAUUGGCAUUCUGGAAUAUAAUCCUUCUGGACGUACCAAGCACAGGGAUUUUCUCAAAAACAAAGCUACUUUUAAAGAAGUACUACCAUUGCACAAUACAGACUUGGUAACUAAAAUACAUCAAACAUACCGUGUUCAGUACAUACAAGAUUGUUGUCUCCCUCCCCCUUGCUUGUUCGAUGAACAUACACUUUCCCAGCUUAAAGCAUUUGUUUCUAUAAACAAAAUGGAAAUUAUACGGGCUCUUCAAGAAGAUGAAGAGUUUAUGUGUCGACUGUUUACUCGCCUAAAGGCAGCAGAUACAGAUCUAACUCAUCGUAGAGAUUUAUCGCUUUUUGUGAAGGAAUUUUGCAAUAUUUCUAUCCAAACGGAUCAAAAAGAAAGUUUUCUGAGCUGCUUACUUCAGCAUGGAGCACUGAGAACGGCUGAAGUACUACUUGCAAUUGAUGACCGUGACAUUAGAUCAGCUGCUCUUGAAAUUCUACAGGCAUUUAUUGAACAUCAACCUUCUGUUGUACGAGAAUACGUAUUUAGAGAAACUGCUCCUUUCCGCAAGGAUGAGGAACUACUCAUCAAUCUGAUGAUAAAUCAAUUGCUCUCUGACCCAGAUCCAGAACUCAGCGAUGCCUUUCUUCUGGGAUACAUGUUGCGCAUUCUUAUCGAUCCAGAUAAUAUGAACAACUCGGGUGUGCGUAGUGAAAAGACUGAUUUUCUCAGCUUUUUUUAUAAACGAUGCGUCAAUACACUUGUUCGACCAUUAUUCGAUAAUACUACAAAGGAUGUAUUGGAAAAAGAUGAUUAUCAUACAGCUUUGGUAUUGAACCAUAUAAUUGAACUGCUUACAUUCUGCAUUGAAACACAUACAUAUCAUAUGAAAAAUUACUGUUUCAAUCGAGAUCUUUUAAAACGUGUCCUUGUUCUAUUACAGUCAUCACAUAAAUUUCUUGUACUAGCUGCUUUACGUCUUCUUAGACGUGUUGUUCAUAUGAAAGAAGAAUUUUACAAUCGUUAUUUGAUCAAAAACAAUCUUUUCAAACCUGUUAUCAUGCUUUUUGUUUCCAAUGGAUACCGUUAUAAUCUGUUGGAUUCAGCUAUCAUUGAAUUGUUCGAUUAUAUUCGCUCUGAAGAGAUUACUUCAUUGAUUACGCAUAUCAUAGAAAAUUAUUGGGAUAUUUUGAAGAAUAUUAAUUAUGUACAGACAUUUACAGAUUUGAAACGUACUUAUGACCAUAGUCAUCGUUCAGUGAGGCCAGUUGUUGGAACUGUCGGUCAACAAGCAACAUUGGAUGUACUGUCAUUGGCUUCUUCUCGCUUCCAGCGGGAUCCACGUGCCCUGGAAAUGGAGGAAGAACAGUGGUUUGAUCAAGAUGAAGACGAUGAAGAGGAAGAGGACGGAGAUAAUUUGUUCCCGCAACAUUCAUCACCAUUGCUUAGUAGAACAACAAAUACUUCAACCGGGGUAGUUGAAACUACUGUGACGAAUGGUUUGUCAAAUUUAUCGUCUUAUGGACUACAUUCUGUAAUCACUACUUCACCGGAUUUGUUAGGUAUUGUUACAUCAACCGAUACUCAAUGUAGUUUUGCUUCUUUAUCAUCAUCAACUGCACCAAGUAGUAAUUCUAGUCUUGAUUCAUGUGCUAGUGUCUUACCUCAUUCGCCUACUUUUUCACCAAAAUCCAAUGUUAUGGACAAUUUAACUGAUAAUUUAUGUAUAUCUUCACGUUCAGCAUCUUUGUGUGAUAGACUACGCUUACGUCCUCAUACUGUUCUUCUUAAUGAUGAUAAUGAAUCUCCCACAACACGUCUUAAUUUUACUCGUCAAACUCCUAUAGCUAUUCAUAUCAAAUCAUCUUUAUGCAAAGAGCAUAAUGAGACAUUAAAUGAUGCUUGUGAAAUCAAUAAUCGAUUGUCAGAACCAGACACUAAUGUAUCACACUCAAAAGAUUCGAAUCAUAUUGCUGAUACUGAGUGCAAAGAAAAUGUAACUUGUCCAAAUUCAAAUGACAUACAAAAUUUAUCUAUAUCGAUUCCUGUUAUCACUGAUAUUUCUCCAAAAGUAAAACGGAAUCACAUUGAUUCACGAAUCGAAGGAGAACAAUGCAGUUCAGUCCAUGUAAAACGUUUGAAAAAAUGCAAACAACCUAAUCACAAAUCACCAUCCCAAGAUUGUUACAAACUCAACGAAAAGUCAGCUGAUUCAGAGGAUGAUUAUCCUUAUGAGCCUCCUGAAGAGAUAAAUGCCACCACCUCACUUGUCGUUAUCGGAACGGAUUCAUUGUCUCCAGUUGGUUUAGUGGACUAUUCAGAUGAAGAAAGUGAGGACGAAGAUCAAAUAAAGGAUGAAAAUGAUCAUAGUCAGUGUGAAGAAAACCACACUUCAGAGAAUAAUGUUGAUGAAUCUUAUCACACUGCAUCAGAUGUUUCAUCUAGUCAAGUUGUGACAGAUGUUGUUUGAUUGUACAAAGUUGAGUAAUCAUUCCUAACUUUCUUCUAGACAAUAAUGGGACGUAUAAAUGAACCAUAUCUGUGCCUUUGUCUUCACAACAUGCAGGUUUUUUCUAGCAAGUGAUUUCAUUGUAUUUGUUUAAAACAUUAAGCUUCCAAUCGUACUGGUUGAAAAUACUGUAAACCACUUGUCAUGCAAUGGUUCUUCGUCCCUAUUGUUUCAAUUUCCAUCUUCAUUCAGUGCGCCAAACUCUUUUAAUCUUUUCUAUUUAAAUAAUUAGUGCGCAUUCUGUACAUAGAAAUAUGAAUAUUAUGCGUCAAUUAAUUGGAAAGCAAAAAAAAACCCCGAGAAUAAUUUAUGUAGAGAAAGUGAAAAAUAGGUGUUUUUAUAACUAUAGGCAUUUGCCUUUUGUAAAUGCGCUUUGUUUGAUUAAUGUAUAACUUUGUUUUCUUUGUAGUCACUACGUAUAUAUUGUUUAAGGAGUUGUUUUUUUCCAUGCCAUAAAUUGAUAUAAAUGAAUUACAAUUUUUAAAGUCUAGUUGAGAUGAUAUUUCUUCAAGUUUUUAAUGCCUGGCUGUGUUGACACAGUUAUACAAUUGACAGUCACUCGAUUGUUUUGCAUCCUGAACUCCCUAUCUGGUUGCGUGUAAUUCGCUUAUUCGCACCAGUUAUUUGAUGUACAAUAAAAAAUUGACUUACUA